CUAGAAUAUAUGAUCAAUCAUGUAUUCCUCCCCCCUCGCCUCCCGCAGAAGGACGAUGAAGGCGGAGGGGAGCUCGGGUUUGGUCUGGUGCAGAAACUGCGCUCCUCGGUCGCGCAGUUCGCCUAGAUCGAGCCCGACUCCUCUCCGUCGAUGGAUCGGGUGGCCGAACUCCUCGACCGGUUUUUAGAGAUGGUCCCUGGUGGCGUGGGGGCCGUCGGCGGCCAGAAGGCUGUGCUGCGAGGCACAAUCGCCGGCCUGAACGACGGUGGUUCCGCCCUGUUCCACCUCCGGGAGCAGAACGCCGGCUUGCUCCUCACCAAGGGGCAGGACGGUGUCCUGUUCGAAGCGUGGGAGCUCCUGGCUCCAAACCAGGCCGCCACGUCGGCAACGGGUUCGCUCCUCCGGGAGUUUCCAGACCGCGCCGCCCUGGUGCCCAUCGCCACAGCCCAGGGCCCCGACUUCCUCGACCAGUUCGCCCACGUCGUCCUCGAGCUGACGACGACCGUCGCCGCCGCCGCCCGCCCCAAGUCGACCAAGGCCGGAGGGGAACGCCCCGAGGAGAGGGACACCAUGUCGCCAAUCCUCGCCACCGGCCUGGCCAUGGACGUGCUCGCUGGGCUGGGCACAGAGGUCCAGCCCCAGCGGUUCACAAAGCGCAGCCGGGAACAAGUGUGCUGGAAGAACGCCUUCCUGCCCUUCCACAGGUCGCCGCUGUGGCUUCUCCUCCGCGUGGCCCUGCGUCUGGUGCUCGACAGGUCGGCCGCCGGGACCAGCCAGCCGUCCUGGUACAAGCCGCUGAUGGCGUAUCACCACGCCCACAUCCUCGACGCCGCCAUUCAAGAGUCCCAGCCAGCGACGUCCAGCGACUUGAUCAAGUGCAUGAAGGCGAAGCUGGUCCGCCGCAUCACCAAGCUAGACCCGGCCGAAGAGACGGGCUGGAUCCGGUACGCCGGGGCUGUUGCGUUGGAAGCACAGUCUGUUUUGGCCGCGAGAUGGGAAGACGUGCAAGGCGCAUUUAGAACGAUAGGACGAGGAGACAUGAGCAGACUCGAUUUCUGGGAUCCGACCUCCGAGAGCCCCCCAAAACUAUCCAACCCGCCACCCACUAAUGCUGCCAUUUUGCGGAUUAGAGAACUCGGUGACAUGCUUCUGGGAUAUCUUCGAAGGGCACGCGGCACAUAUGCCGACAUCCUAGAGGCUCUGUCUGUGAUGUAUCUCGUCGCCUUGGAGAUAUGGAUGGCAGUGGACAAGCUGGCUGGUAGCUCGGUGCCUUUGCUGCUGGAUUACGACCCAAUGAUUCCGCCAGAGGCCUUCAAAUCCUUGUUGCUCGAGACAAAGGAUGCAAUGCGCCGGCUCAGAGAGGCCGAGGACUAUCUCGCCACGCGCAAGCAGAACGCCGCCUAUCCGAAUAUGUCAGCAUUCCGCCACUUUGGCCAUAAGCACUCGUUCGCUGUUCGACUCUUCAAUAGCGACCCGUCGUAUGAGACCGUGCAUAAUAUUAUCGAGAAACGAGCAGAUCAGGGGUUGAGAAAUAAGAAGUCGGAGCUUGAGGUACAGAAGAUCCGGUACGAUCGUCUUGUCCAGUACGUGCAGUCCGCUACGUGUUCAACAAAUUGCUCGGGAGAACACGAUCCAAAGAAGUGCCAACGAUGCAUCACCGAGGACCGCCUGAAGAAUCUCCGUAUAUCCGUGUUCGAGUGGCCCUUACCGGAAGACGAGAACGAAGCCAAGGCAACAGUCGUAGAGAUUGCGGUCCCGAACACUGUCCGGCUAUGGCGAGAUAUAACCUGGAACUUGGUAACGAAGGUAUUUCGAAAGAGCCAAGACAAGGACCUCUAUAUCCGCAACAAGGCGCUUCAAAAAACUUGGGCUGCAAAAAACCAUAGUGGCUUGAGCAACUGGUCUACCAGGACCAAGGCUAGAAACAGCAUAUGUAUAGCCUCGGACGUCAAGUUUGUGGAGGCGUCACACUACGAGAAAAUCCACAUACCCGAGGCAACCCCCGAGAACGUGUGUGCGUGCCUCGAAGUGGGACCCAGGAACGGCAUUGAUUGCGACCCAAUCUUCAGGCAGGCGCAUGGCGACACACAGCAUGUCGCAUUCAUACGCCGCAUUCUCGAGGCCAUGAAUGUCGCCAUCGACCGCGUCCAGGAGAGCUGGCAGAACGACGUCGCCGUUUCCAUCCUCGCAUGCUUGGCCACAAGACUUCUGUCUUUGUCUCCCUCCCACGUAGUCUCGGCCGGGCUUCUCGAGUUUCUCGGUCGGGUGCGGAGGGUAUCAAUCGGCUGGGCCCGGCUGCUCUUGGACAAGCAAAACCGAGGCGACAGUCAGGGGCGAGAGGAAGCCGCUUCGUGGCUGCUCGUGGCAGCAUUGAUCUGUGCCGCCACAUUCAACAUCGGGGCCGAGCACCUGCGUUCUGUGCUGAAGGACCCAGACAACCUCGCCCUGCUCGCCGAGUGCUCGAUGCUGGCUCAUAACCACCUCCCCGCUAAGGUGGAUGAUCUCCUUGCCCUGCAGCUGGUGCACCGCUGGCGCAAGGCCCUGUUCGACGCACGCACGAUCAUCGUAGACGAGGUCGUCGACGCGAAGAAUGGGGGCCUCGACAUCGCCAUCAAGGAGAUCUGGGCAGACCACUCACCCCCCUCAGCAGGUUGGAAGCAGGCCAACAACCAUAGCCAAGCCCACAUCCUCGUUUGCGACAACGGUAGAUUGGCUGUCUCGUUGAACGUCCUCGUGGGCGAUCUGAUGGUGGACGGAUGCUAUAUCCAAGCGCUACCUCGGGAUUGGAGAAGUACAAGUACCUAUAACAGGCUCUUUGGGCAGCUGAAUGUCGAAGUUGGGCCUUCGUCGCUGCCUGGCAUGCAGUUCUCAACAUCCCACAACGUCAGCGGCUGCGUCGUCCACUUUUCCAUGCUUGGCAACACUCUAGUAGCGCGUGCGGCGGAGCAGUCCGAGCCUGGGUCUGGCGGCGAAGCCCAAGUCUGGGAGUACAUUACAGGAGGCUACUUCAGAGAUUAUCUGCCCAACGCCUUUGUCGACGGGUACGCGCAUUGGCUCAACUUGACCACUAAAGAGAUCGAGUUCCGACACAUCGACGACAAGUGGAGUACCUCUGCCGACAACUGGCGUAUGUCUAUGCAGUCUGGCCAGUACAGGUUGGCGAAGGGGUCUUGCCUCGUCAUGGACCCACGGAAGCCAACAGCAAAACACAUCGCUCUCCAUAUUUUGGGUUCCAUCGAAAACGAGCUGGAUAUCAGUUGCAUAUUCGACACAAAUACUCGCACUCUGACCGUCGAUCUGCCCCGGAUGAGUCUUUCGUUUUGCGUCCAGGAAAGACAGGGGUUCCUCAGGUCAAGGAACUACACGGGCAUGAGAGUCGAUGAGGACCAUGAGGUUGGCACCUUAAUCGGGCUGCAGAACAAGCUAGUUCUGAAGCCAGACGCCGGCGGAGGUCCCAGACAGAUGCUCAUCCCUCGAGGAGACGUCUUGCCCGAAUAUGUCAAACGGGAUAACGCUGUCCAGGUUUCUAUCGGCCGUAGCUCGACGCAGGCGUUCGUCUGUCACGAUGCGUAUGUGGUCGGCGACAAGCUGGGCUGCCUAAUCGACAGCGGGUCGCUCCAGAGCAAGCUGUAUCUCUGCCUGCUGCACGCUUCCACCUCACACUGUCUCCCUGACCCUUUGACACAGCGAACCGGGACCGAGGAAGCCCUCCGUAUUCUAAAAGGGGCCGCCAUAGUGUCGUACCCAAGUCUCGACAUCGAAUCGGGCAAAUUGCUGGGCUCCAUCGGCAGGCUGUCUCCGAGGCGCGUAUACUACCCAGGCUACUUGAAAGUUAUGGAAUCGACGACGUGGAAUGACAACUUCCCAUCUCUGUCGCAGCACGACGACUUCAGAAUACUGGCCAACACGACCAAAGGCACCACGGCCUUUUACUGUGUCCUGUAUGGGCUCAAGCGCGAGGCUAGCAUAACCGAGGAUCACAAGUCUACCGUGCCGUCGGACUUGCAGGAGCGCGCGCGGAUCCGCAACGCCAUAUUCCGCGUGGCCGAGUUUGGUGCCGAUGCCCAUACCAGGGGUGCCGUAGCCAACAAAGAGUAUCGCCCCCUCCGAGACAGAGAGACACCCGCCGUCGGCUCUUAUAGCAAGCGAAUUUUGGUUCAGAAGCUGGCGAGAUGCAUUUCGUCUCCCGACGAGGAGCUCAUCGCAUCUGCCAACGGCGAACAUGUUUUUAAUGGUCCCAAUGCGGACCUGACUUUCGACCUCCGCAACUUGAAGCCGGCAGACACGCGCCUUCCGGGGCACUGGAGCGAGUGGCACCGGGCGCUGGCAUCGGAGCCCAACAUCUACCGCAAGAUCUUCUUCUUAGCCACCCUGCUCUACGCCAAGGAGUGGGACGAGGAAUUGGUCCAGAUCUUGAUGGCGAUAGGCAGCUCUGGGCUCCUGUCGAAUCACACCCCUCCAAACGAGCCGGUGAAGGACUUGGAUUCCCGCACCCGGGACCUGCGGACGGUGCUCAAAGAGGUAAUCGGAAAUAAACAAAAGCCGCCCCCUUCGUCGUUUCGCCCCGCGAGGCUCACGAGAGAGUCAGAUAAGCAAUACGGCACUAGACUACGGAAUAAGUGGAAGCAAGAGGCGGCUAUGCCCAGCACCCGGCUUCUCGAGGACCUGAUCACACAGGCUUCGAGUUCGACAGGGACGCUGAAUAUUCCGCCCCACAGCAGCAUCUCGCAGUCGUACGACAAGUAUCUUGAAUUGCCUGCCAUUAUGCGCGAGGCACAGGCGGUAGUCCAGGACAGGCGGGCAGCGAAGCUCUUCUACACCUACGUCGUUGACAUGACGAAAUUUCUGCAAGGGAUUCCUGUCAUUGCAACUCAGACGCAGUUCAUGCCUCCCGUCUGCAACGCGAUUGCCUCCGUGCCGUCUUUAAAGCCGGGCUAUAUAUCUGUUGAAAGACUGUUCAGGAAGAACCGGGCACCAGAGAACCAGACACGACCACAGCCAGAAUCCUUCCCGCAGUUAUGUGCACACGUCGACGUGACAGAGAGCGGGCUCAACCACGACCAACUUUCGGCACUUGUCGAUAAGCUCUCGGCCAGUCCUGGCAAUUUGCAGGAUCACCAGCUGAGCUACAUUAACGAGCUUCGUGAUAGCAUACGGGAGGCAAAGUCCGGGACUCCGCGGUAUAUGGUAACCGCGGAUAUGGAUGACCCAGACAUUCUCCCGGUUGUUCACCGGCACUUGGAAGAUGCGCGUGGAUACUACCACGCGAUAUACGAGGAGAUACGCCUGGCCCUCACAGAGGGCAUAUCGAUCGCCUUCCAGUUGGGUGCCCGAGCGGGCUGCUAUCCGCGGAUAAGCGCUCGAUUUUUAAUACAGCAGCUAAGACACGGAUUGUGGCAAUCGGUCCCAAAGGAGUGGCGUUCUUGUCUCGUCAAUCUCGCACUCGGCCUUGUAUAUCUCCAGCGUGCUGAGCGUUUGGCCAGCUGCGCGGCCAACCUCCCCCAGCGCUGGGGCGAGUUUGGGCGGGAGAUGGCGGACAGAGGUGACCACGGCAAUGAAGACUGGGACCUGCUGGAAUACCCCGAGGGCCUCCUGUUGGAGAUCGAGCAGAACAUCACGAUCCGGCCGGUGCAGAAUAAGAUUGCUGCAGCGAUGCGGUCUCCGCCAGGCAACAAGAAUGCCGUGAUGCAGCUCAACAUGGGCGAGGGCAAGUCGUCUGUCAUCGUGCCCAUUGUGGCGGCCGCCCUGGCGGCCAAGAAAAAGGACAAGAUCGUACGCCUUGUGGUGGCCAAGCCCCAAGCCAGCCAGAUGCAGCACAUGAUGAUCAGUCGUUUGGGCGGUCUCAUGAACCGGCGCGUGUUCCACAUGCCUUUUUCGAGAUCGACCAGUCUCGGCGCGAGCAGCCGCAGGCAUAUCCGGGACCUGAUGAAAGCCUGCAAAGAGGGUGGCGGCCUGUUCUUCAUGCAGCCCGAGCACUUACUAUCGUUCAAGCUCAUGGGCAUCGACAGGACGUGGGCUAGCAACGGCCAGGAAAGAAAGGUGGGAAGAGAAGCCAACUCGGUGAUCAAGCUGUGGAGGGAUUUCGAAGAUUGCUCUCGCGAUAUGGUCGACGAGAGCGACGAAAACUUUAACGUCAGGUUCGAGCUGAUUUACACCAUAGGCAACCCCCAGCCUGUUGAAAUGAGCCCUAAUCGCUGGCUCCUUGUUCAAGACCUGCUCGCCAUCGCCGAGAUGGUAACUCGCGAGCUGAUGGAGGCCACUGAGUCGGCACCAGACGUGGCCGAGGGUCUUCUUCUUAAGGAUUAUGGCGCCGGAAGUGUGCCUCUUAUCCGCAUCUUGAGCGGCUCUGCAGCGCAGCGGCUCUUCAAGGCAGUUGCUGAACGAGUAUGCCGAGUCGGCCUCAAGGGGUUUCCGAUCCACCACCAGACCGCGGAGAUGCGAGCGGCCGUUCUGAGCUACAUCCUUCUUGACGAUGUUCGCGCCAGCGACGUCGCAAUAGUCGAGGACAGCGGCAACCUGGAUUUCUUUGCCAACGCUGGGAUAAAAAACACGCUCUUCCUCCUACGCGGCCUGUUCGCCAAAGGCAUCCUGCUGUUCGCUCUCGGCGAGAAGCGGUACCGCGUCGACUACGGUCUCGCUCCGGACCGUAACCCGCCGACUCUGCUCGCCGUGCCUUACCGCGCCAAAGACAUGCCGUCGCCGCGGUCCGAGUUCAGCCACCCCGACGUGGUCGUCAUACUUACCUGCUUGAGCUACCACUACGAUGGGCUGAGCAACAAUAGCCUGGCUACCUGCCUCGAGUUGCUGGAGAAGUCGGAGAAUCCUGACGAUGAGUAUUCUCGAUGGGUGAAGGCAUCACCUAACCUCCCCAGGACUUUUGAAUCCUUCUCGUCAAUAAACAUGAAGGAUGUAUCCCAGUGCGUGGAUAUCGUGUUCCCGAAUCUGCGCUACGCCCGACCUCUCAUCGACUUUUAUUUGGCCAAGGUGGUGUUCCCCAAAGAGAUGAAGGAGUUCAAGUACAAGCUAUCGGCAUCAGGAUGGGAUCUGGCCAGGCCAAAGAGGUACCCGCUCACGGGCUUCAGUGGGACGAACGACUCCAACGGCGUGCUUCCGCUGUCGGUGACAGCCCUCGAUCUGCAGCCACAGACCAACCCCAAUGUGCUCAGCACCCUUUUGCGUGAUGAAAACACGGUCCUCGAGCUGGGCGGAGACUUGAUAGGAGCAGCGCAGCUCUCGCCACUGACUGAGGACAUGCUCCUCAAUGCCGUCACCGACUCAGACCCCCAAAUACGCGUCAUCCUCGACGUCGGGGCCCAGAUCGUCGAGUGCAGCAACUUCCAAAUGGCUAAAAGGCUACUCUGGUCCGUUUCAGAUAGCGACACGGACGCGGUCAUCUUCUUCAACUGGCGGGGCGAGAUGUCGGACACGCUGGUGCAAGCGUGCAUGUGCAUGCGCAAGCUCGGCCAGGGCCAGUCGGUCUGCUUUAUCGUGUCGCCCGAGAUGCAGAAGCGCAUCUGCACCGUCCGCCACAUGAAGCAGGGACAACCCCUGAGCGUCUCAGACGUUCUCGGCUCGGCCAUUUCCGGAGCCUGGGACGAGACGGUCCGCAGCGUGCCCCUGUGGGCGACGCAGGGCGUGCGCCAUCUCCGCCAGGAGGCAAUCUGGCGUUCGGUUGAACUGGCAGAGUGGGAUUUCGAUCUGGACGAUGCCGAGGACUACGUCGAGCCCGAGGCCAUGUCCUUGAAACGGCGCUACCGGCCUGAUGCAACUGCAAGCACCGACUCCCUGAUCGUCGACGACGUCUCCGACAGCGACGAGGAGCAGCUAUCGCUGAUCAAGGCCAAACUGGCCAGCCUCGCCCUUUCGACCCGCAGCGCCGCCGCCGCGUCGGCACUGAGUCAGGAACAAGAACAGGAGCAAGAGCAAGAGACGCAGAUGGAGAACGAGGCCGAGGAGGAGCGCGAGGGGCACAACGCUCCGCCCCCCAAGGCUGCCAUACCUGCACUCGCCACGGACUUGAUUAAAUUCGUCAAAACUGGCGAAUUUGUCCAUGGCAGCGCGUACCGGCGUCCGUUUAGUGCGCUCCGCAACACAGGCGCCAACGCCUUGUUUCCAGGCGGCCUUCGCAAGUUCCCUCAUGUCCCGGGGUUCUGGGCUACGGGAGAUUUUAUCAAGACCGUCAAGGCAAAGGGGAGCAAGGACUUCGUGGCCUACAGCUACCUGCGCGAUGUGCAGUGGGUGCUCUUCAGGCACGAGGAUCCGGCCAUCGUCAUCAUCAGCCCGUUCGAAGCCCAGAGAGUCAAGCCGAUGAUCCUCAACAAGCUUGCCGAGAUGCAGAGGGACGCCGCGAUGCAAAGCCCGAGCUCGUCCGGCGAAGACACACCAAUCCUCCCGCCCGUGACACUGCACGCGCUGCUCGCGCGGGCCAGCCCAGUCUUCCGGUCCGCGGUCGACAUGCGCGCCUGCACGUUUCCGCUAUCCGCCGCCGAUGACGUGCCCGACAUCCCAGCGCACCUGCUCACGCAGCUCAACCUCUUUGCGGGCCACCGAUACCUUCGCAACUACGACCAGUGCGUCGCGCUCUGCACGUGCUCGGGCUCUCGCACAACAGCAGCCAGACAGCAGCAUCCCCUGCCGCUCCAGACGGCUUUAUUGGCGGGCCCGACUGCCUGUUCACAACCAGCCCAGUUCCGUUCUUGGCCGAGCUGUACAGGAUCCGCCGCAACUUUGCCGUAUCUGGCCUCGAACGCUCGCACAUGGGCCGCAUUCUGGCCGGCGAGGUGUUAGCGCGCGAGGAUUUCGAGGUGCCGCCUGCUCAGACUCGCGGAGGCGGAGACGAUGACGAUGAGGAUACUAGCAUGUUCUAUCUGGGUUCUGACAACGAUCAAGAUUCCAGCGAGGAUGAUGAUGCUGGGGACACGUCCAUGACGGAUCGGAACUACCAUGACGACGAUGAUAAUGAUGUGGCGGACACGUCCAUGACGGACCAGGCAGCUCAAGAGGAGCACGCCGACGAUGAUAGUGAGAUGAUGGAUCUCGAUUGAGGGACUACAAUAGAUCUUUGAGUGAGCCUGUGAGGAAGAGAUUGAGACGAUGGAUCGAGAUUCUUUCUCUGCGUUGGAGUUUUUAUAGAACAUAG